AUGAAUCAUAGCCAUGCACACUCCUUCAUCAUAUGUGAUCAUGAUGACAAAAUAAAAACAUUAUUCAGUAAAGAAGACUGGAAGGAACUUACGAAGAAGCCUUCACUGCCGUACGUUGAUUAUAAAAUCGGAAAAGAAUUGGUCAAAUACAUGAAGGAGGAUCUUGCUCAACUUCGCCAAGAAGUAAUGCGCAAUUUCCUGAAAGAAGAUGAAGUUUAUGAUCCAAAGGAGCAUUACUUUAAAGAAUGGAUCCAAAUUGCCUUGAGGCAUCUGUGCAACCUUUAUGAAAAUCCAUCUGCCCCUUUGUGCCGGGAGCAGUACGAGGACUGGUUUACAGUCAACCUGUUUGGAAAUUGCUUUGAUUUCUUGAUGAGACACCCAAAAAUGUCUACGGAUAUAAAAAGGACAGAUGCACCAUCAACUGCCUCAGCAAAUAGAAAAAAUCGAGCUAAAAAACCAAAACAAAGAAAAUUGACUGGCAGAAAGGUUGAUGGAAUUAUUCAUCAUGCAACUUAUAAUAUAGAAUUGGGUGCACUUGAAGCAGCAAGAUCCUUCGUAAAUGAUGGAGAUAGAAAACUCCUUAUUGAGUCUUUUAAAAUGCCGAAGACUUUGAAAGAUAUUUUGGUUGAUAUGAUAAGAUCAAAACGAUGCAACGAUGAGGAAGUGAAUAAGUUGGUGGCCAUUGAUGAUAUUCAUUCUAUCUCCAAUCACUUUUCUAAAACAAGCCUUUUGGAUUUUCUUAAGUUUCUAAAAGCAAUUGUGCGAAGUCAGACUAUAAUUGAAAACAAUUUAAAGGCACUUGGAUUCAUCGAACAGAAGAUCCCAAAGGUGGAUGAUUUUAAGGAAGAGGAUCUUAUUUCAGAAAUCUUAGACAAUGGCCAGGACCUUUCUCGACCAACAACUCCUGAAAAUAAAAUUUCUAUUACAGUAGAUUCAGUCUCAUCUGAUAUAACAGAAGGAGGCAAGUAA